AUGUCACAAUCUCGAAGAUUUCUUGUUUUGGCUCCAGUAAUCCUACUUGUAGCUUCCUUUUGUCUCCUUUUAGUCGUGAACUUGAAUGGGUUUACCUCUGCUCUCCGAAGAUUAUAUUGGUCUCAAGCUGAUACUUCAAAUAUUAGAGGGGCACCAUUUGCAGUUACCCGAUGGACCAGUUAUGGGUUGUGUGGCGUGGACUUUUCAGGGAGAAAUAAUGGGUGUACAAGAAGACAAUUUGCAUUCCCUUAUUCACCCUCUUACAAUUUUGCUAAUGCUGAUAAUCUACCUGAAGAUUUUGUUCGGAAUAGAAAUAGGUAUAGGUCAUUAUCCAGGGCUGCGUAUGGACUUUUUUUAGCUGGGGUUAUUGCAACCGCAGUAUCUGUAUUACUGUUGAUUUCUGCAGUCUUUAGACAAUCUAUGGCUUUGGUUACCACUGGAUUUGUCAGUAACCUAAUUGCCUUAUUGGUCACCAUUGUAGCAGCAGUUUUAAUCAGUUUCGCUCACUUCUCUGGAGUUAACACCUUCAGAACUGAGUUUGGUGUGGCCAGUGACAUCGGAACUAAAUUGUUUGGAGUUACAUACGCGGCGGUGGCUGGGUUAUUACUAGCGUUCAUUUUUCAAUUAGUUAUCAUGUGCAUUUAUCCUAGAAAGAAAUAUGUUGUUGGGCCGGCACCAGUUCCCGGUCCUUCUAGAAAUUAUGAUCCUAACUUGUACAAUGACCAAUCAAACAAUACCACCUGGAAUAAAUCGUACAUGAAUGGACAACAACCAUUUCAAUCAAUGAAAGAUGUUAAACAUGGUCCCAACAAUUGGUCUGGUAAUCAUUAA